CCCUGUCCCUCGCAGCGUGUCAGUGGUUAUCUCUGAGCAUCACAAGGAGAUAUUCUUAGGAGGUCUUCCCACUCCCCAGUAGCGGUGGUGUGUUGAAAAAGUUGUAAUUUCUUUCUUUAAAUUCCCAUUUUGUUCCAUAAUAUUCCCCCAUUUUUUAAAACUAACACACGAUAACUUUUACAAUUUCGAUUACACCCUCCCAAGCGGUGUGCCUCCAACUCUUUACACUAGCACAGCACGCAGAUGAGAAUCGAGAUGAGAGAGGGAAAGCGAAAGAAAGCGAGUGAAACUAGAGUGAACGGCUGAGGCAGACGGCUGCUUCUUCGUCAAGGUUUCCAAGUCAAACUCUUAAGGGAACGGGGAAGAUAUCUGUGUUGGUGUUUUCUGUUUGCUUGAUUAUUAUUGUUUGUUUGUUUUUUUUUUGUGUCCGAUUGCGAUCGUGUUGAAGUUAUCGGAUGACCUUUCCGAUCGUCUUCGGAGAUCGGUUAUGUUUGUCGGCGGCUUUGGUGCCGGCUGUUCCGGAGGCAGAAGGCGGUGGCAGUGGGAGUAGCUCCGGCAACUCGGCAUCGGCAGUGGUGGUUGGGAGAGGUGGAGGAUGAUGAAGAAGGGUAAGGGAAAGAACAACGGCUUGUUGCCCAACUCUCUGAGGAUCAUAUCUUCCUGCCUCAAGACCGUGUCCACGAAUGCCAGCACCGUCGCUUCCACUGUCCGCUCGGCCGGCUCCUCGGUCGCUGCUUCGAUUUCUUCCGCUUCCUCUGACGAUCACAAAGAUCAGGUAACCUGGGCUGGCUUUGACUGGCUUGAGCUUGGUCCAUCUGUCUUCAAACAUGUUCUCUUGCUUGGUUAUCAGAAUGGCUUUCAAGUCCUUGAUGUGGAGGAUGCCUCUAGUUUCAGUGAACUUGUUUCGAAGCGUGAUGGCCCGGUUUCAUUCUUACAGAUUCAGCCCUUCCCUGCAUUGAGUGAUGGUGUUGAAGGAUUUAAAACAUCACAUCCUUUAUUGCUGGUUGUUGCUGGAGAUGAAAUGAACAGUUCAGGCCUCAGUCAACAUCGUAGCAAUCUGGGUGGUUUAGGAAGAGAUAGUAAUUUGGAGUCCCGAUCAGGAAACUCUGCCAACUCUCCUACAGCUGUUCGAUUUUACUCUCUUAGGUCUCAUUGCUAUGUGCAUGUCCUGAGAUUCCGGUCUGCAGUGUGCAUGGUUAGAUGCAGUCCUCGAAUUGUAGCCGUGGGUCUUGCAACACAAAUUUACUGCUUUGAUGCGCUCACUCUCGAGAAUAAAUUCAGUGUUCUUACCUAUCCUGUUCCUCAGUUAGCAGGACAGGGAGCUGCUGGGGUUAAUGUUGGUUAUGGUCCAAUGGCUGUGGGUCCAAGAUGGUUAGCUUAUGCAUCCAACAAUCCUCUGGUUUCUAAUAUGGGUCGAUUAAGCCCACAAAACCUCACUCCCUCUCCAGGAGUUAGUCCGUCGACAUCACCUGGAAGUGGUAGUUUGGUUGCCCGUUAUGCAAAGGAAUCUAGUAAACAAUUAGCUUCUGGAAUAAUCAACCUGGGAGACCUGGGAUACAAAACUUUGUCAAAAUACUAUCAAGAACUGCUCCCUGAUGGAUCUAACUCUCCAGUAUCACCAAAUUCAGGCUGGAAAGUUGGUAGGCAUUCAGGAACAGAUAUGGAUAAUGCAGGGAUGGUUGUUGUCAAGGACUUUGUUUCCCGAGCUGUUAUUUCACAAUUUAAAGCUCAUACCAGUCCAAUAUCCGCACUAUGCUUUGACCCUAGUGGUACUCUUCUGGUUACUGCCUCAGUGUAUGGGAAUAACAUAAAUAUUUUCCGGAUAAUGCCAUCUUGCACUCGAAGUGGAUUGGGUGUUCUAAGUUAUGACUGGAGCUCUUCUCACGUGCAUCUUUACCAGCUACAUCGUGGAAUAACAUCAGCUAUAAUCCAGGACAUUUGCUUUAGUCAUUAUAGUCAGUGGAUUGCAGUUGUUUCAUCCAAGGGGACUUGCCAUGUUUUUGUUUUGUCCCCAUUUGGUGGUGAUGCGGGUUUCAGAAUUAUAAGUUCCCAAGGUGAGGAGCCCUCCCUGUUUCCAGCUUUGUCUGCGCCUUGGUGGUCUACUUCAUCUUGCGUCAUUCAUCAGCAAUCUUUUCCUCCACCACCACCUAUUGCUCUCUCUGUUGUGAGCAGAAUAAAAUAUAGUAGUUUUGGAUGGCUUAAUACGGUUAGCAAUCCCACUGCUUCUGCAACAGGAAAGGUUUUUGUGCCAUCUGGAGCUGUUGCUGCUAUUUUCCAUAACUCGUUAUCUCAAACUCUUCAGCAUGCUAACUCGAAGGCCAAUACCUUGGAGCAUCUGUUGGUUUAUACUCCAUCAGGAUAUGUAGUUCAACAUGAACUUUUGCCAUCAGUAGGGAUCGAAGGAUCUGACAGCGGUUUGAGGACCCAAUCAGCUUCAUUUGUACAUAUGCAGGAGGAUGAGUUAAGAGUUAAAGUUGAACCUAAUCAGUGGUGGGAUGUAUGCAGAAGGUCAGAUUGGCAAGAAAGAGAGGAAUUUGUUUCUGGUACCAAUAUUCAUGGACAGGAUGCUACUGGUGUUAUUCAGAAUAAUUCCAUUUCAGCAGAUGACUAUGGAAUAGAUUUGCUGUGCAUAAAUGGUGGUAUGACGGGGACAAAUAUGGUGAAGACUUAUUCUGGAAAGCCUCAUGAAAGAUCUCACUGGUACCUAUCUAAUGCAGAGGUGCAGAUAAGCUCUGGCAGGUUACCAAUAUGGCAAAAAUCCAAGAUAUGUUUUUAUAUGAUGGAAUCUCCAAGAGUUGACACUCUUGCUGGUGGAGAGUAUGAACUUGAAAAAGUUCACAUCCAUGAAGUGGAAAUAAGGCGGAAGGAAUUAUUGCCUGUUUUCGACCAUUUCCUUAGCAUAAAAUCAGACUGGAGUGACAGAGACCUUUCUGGUGGAAAAUAUCCAAAUUCUACGUCCUCAGGGCCUCAUCCAGGUGAAGGCAAGAUCACAGAAGAGACUGUCAUUUGUCACUCAAAACCAUCAUCGCUUAGUUCAACUGAAAGCUCGGAUGGGGGGUCAUCAAGAAGAAUCGAGAAUUUACUUGACUUGGAUCAAAUUAAUAGUGAGAAGCCUUGUGCACCCGGUUUCCAUUUGUUGAAUGAGAUUUACCAUGAAAGAAGAGGGUGUGCCAUUGUUGAGCAUUCCAUACUGAAGCGGAACCCUUCAAACAUUGUACCUAUUCUAUCUGAACAUCCAAAAAAUGCUGAUUCUCAAGUUGAUGGUUGUAUCACAAGAGAAGCCCUGUGCCUAAGCAGUAGUGGGAGAACUGAUGUAUCGGUUUUAACUUCUGACCGAUAUGCUUCUAAUUUGAAUACUCCUGAUGAGGAGCCUAUAACCGUGCACAAUCCCGUAGAUUUUGGAUCGUUAUUUCUGGCGGGGCACUUUGAGGUGAUGCCCUGCAAUGGUAGCCUUGGAUUAACUGAAGUUGGUGCUGUUGAUGUUGACAGCAACAGUAACCACUGUGAGAGGGAAAAACCAGGGGACGAUGAUGAUAUGCUUGGUGGCAUGUUUGCCUUUUCCGAAGAAGGCUGAUGCAUAAAUUAAGAGAAGCCUCUAUUGUGCCAUUUAUGGAGACAGUUCAUUGAAGAUUUGGAGGAAGCACUGCUUUGGGUCUUCAAUUGAUGGUGUAGAACUUUUUCACUAUAAAACUGAACUGAACUGAACUGAACUGUAAAAAAUAUGUGAUGGGUGGGCGACGAAUUAAGCGAAGCUUUGCCAUGGUGAGUAUGUGAUUCAUCCGUCUAAUGUACAUUCUGUAGAUUGAAAUUCAUAAAUUUGUGCAGGGUGCUUGUUUUGGGGAAGGGGGUGAGUUUUAGAACUCUGGUAGAAAGUAGAGAUGAGUUUACCUUUCAGGUCUUGAAGUCGCAGUGAAGACCUUCUGUACAGAUGAAUUGGUGUGGGCAAGUUUUUCGAUCUGUAUAACGUUUUGUUUUUUUAAUUUCGUCUGGGGGCGAAGAAGGAAAAUGAAAAUGAAAAAAAAAAAAAA